CGAUGUAUGGAAUGGUUCGCCCCGUUGCCGUGUUGUGUAGACGUUCUCCAGGGUGAUGGAGAAGAAGAGGAUGUAGGGCUGCAACAGAAAAAAACCCACCGAAAACACACGACGUUGUUCGGUUUAAAACGCAGAUUGUGUUCGCAGCGACAACAAGAACAACAACAAGAACAACAACAACAACAAGCACCACAAUGGCGGGGAUGAGAACCGUCAACGGGAAGCUGUCGGGGAUAAACCCAGCCGUCAGUUGCUGUCGCCUUCGUCAGGUCCAGUCUCUGCUCCACGAGGGCGGUGCUGCCUCUCCUGAUGGCAUCCUGUGCUCUCUUGGAAUUGACAGCAGAUAUAAUGACGGGUGCACUGAGCUGGCGAAAUACCUGUUCUACGGACUGUACGGACGGAACCAUCUGAACUUGGAUCAUGCCCUUGAGGAAUUCCCAGAAGAAAUGCUCGACGAUGUUAUCCUCCUGAUCAAGGCGCAGUGUGUUCACCUGUACUGUAACCCGCUGAACUACACGUACCUGUUGCCCUACGUCUCUCACUGGAGGAACCUGCAUCUCUACUGCAUGACAGAGGCAGAGUAUGAAGACGAGGAAGCCGCAGAGGAAUUCAAGAUUUCCAGCUUUGUCACAAUGGUGCAGGACUGCUAUCGCAUCGGGGUCCCUUACAGCUCCCAGGGACACGUCCAGAAGUUUGACAUGUUCAUGGUGGAGAAGUGGCCCCUGAUUCAAGCCUUUGCCCUGGAAGGCAUCGGUGGGGGAAGCUUUUUUACCCUAAAAUACGAGCUUAUGGAUAUGAGUGAGAAGCUGUGGCAGGUGUACACCAGACUGGACCCAGUGUCUCUGGACAGUCUACUCACAGAGGACUUGGUUACUUUUGAGAAGCAGUGGAGUGUCUUUUUCUCCAGCAUGGAUCUGGAGAGUCAUCUGUCCAUCCUGGAGCUGUCAGAAGCUCAGGCAGGCGAGGCAUUCCGUACUUAUUACUCUCACGGACUGAUCUCAAGUAACAUCAACGAUAAAAGUCAAAGUCAGCAGCCCUUCAUGUUGUUUGGGAAGCACUCGUCCUCCGAGGACCUGGAGAACUAUUCCUUCAACUUUCCCUCCGAGAGUCAUCAGGUCCGCAACACGGGGCCUCGGGGCUCCGCAGCCACACACAUGGUUCUGCAGUGUGUUGCUCCUAAAGGACCAUUAACCUGCUCCAGGACAUAUUUCUUCGGGACGACCCACUCUCCGUACCUUGGAAAUCAAAAUGCGGAGCAAAAGAAAACAGAAGUCUUACUUCUAUCACAGAUUUAUUCCGCUGCUGUUCAAUCAGUCCUUUCAGGAAUCAAAUGCUACUCGUGUUCCUCGAGUGCCUCCAAGGCCAAGGAAGUAGCAGAGAACACUUUCCUCGUAGCUCUGGACUCAAUGAAUUUAAGUCAGUAUCGCAGUUUUCUCAGGUCCAAAUGUGAGUUCAGCAUCCAAGCCGUGAACAAGCAAGGGAGGAUCAUUCCUCUGACUGAUAAAGAAAGCCGUUAUGUAGUAAAAACAGCCUCCAUGACUGUCCCUGACAUCCCAGACCUGCAGCGGGACAGAGGGAACCUGGGCUCCGUGGUCUUCUCUGAAUCCUUCCUCGAGUCCAGCAUCAAUAUUCAGCAGAGAGAUGGCACUGUGUCCUCAGACAGCUGCUACACCAUCCUGACUACGACGGUGCCUCGCUAUGCCUGCUGGCUGAUGGAGUCUGAUGUAAAGCAAUCUGAGCAAGCCCAGCAUCUCUCUAAGAAAGAGGAAGCCACUUGUUUGGGAACUGCUCUGACCGUCGCAGAUGCCGCAUACGUGUUCUCCAGCAGCCAGCUCUCCACGCCUGAAGAAGGGAAGAUCAUUUUCUUCUCUGAGGGACUCCUGUUUAUCCAUUCUCAGUACGGGAGCGUCACUCUGCCCAAGGAUCACAUCAAAACCAUCAAGUUCUAUGAUCCGGACUCCAGCGCCGUGGCCUCCCUCUUUGUGGAGUACGAGAGCAGCCUGCUCCCUCACCUCCCGUUCCCUCUGCACAGCCCGGACCAGUGUCUGGUCUUCGCUCUCCAGCCCAGGUCCAAGAGCCACAAGGCCUUUUAUUCCAAGGUUUUGCCCUUGUGGAAAAACUCUGAAUCUGGACUCACUCUGCAGCUGCUGGACCAAGAGCAACUGACCGGGACCCAGAAAAACAUGCACACCCGACUCCAGAAGCUGCACAACAGUCAGGAGCCACCAGUGGCAAAACGCAGAGGCAGCCUGAAGAGUUCCUACUGUCAGCUGCCUGAGCAGGACAUGUUCCUCCAGCACUUUGCCCUGAGCAGCAUCAGCCAGGAGCCCAUGCUCUACGACCACCUGGGGGCGCUCUUCCCCUCCGCAGAGCUGAAGAACCCCGUUGCUGGCCAGGGAGACAAGGUAGUGAUCACCAUCAUCAGCGGACUGACGGGCAGCCACAAGAAGAGACUCUGCAACUUCCUGGUGCAGCUGAACAAGGAGAAUGGACGGUGGGUGGUGUACGAACCUGGUACCGACAGCUUCUCAGCCUCGCACCUCCAGCAGUAUUUGUCCGGCUUCCUGCAGAGCCAGAGAGGCCCAGGAGGCAAACCCCGUCUGCUGGUGCUCUCCCCCGGAUACACCGAUGUUCUAGACGUGGUCCAGGCGGUGCUCUCCCACCCUGACCCAGUUAUUCAGGCGUGCUUCUCCAUCGGGUCCGUCACCGCCUGCGUGGACCCGUUUGCUUCCUACUUGGAGCACAGGUUUGCUUUUCCUAAGCUGCUGGAGCAGUGCAACCAAGGUAUUGUGAGUGCAGUGGUGUUCACGGGGCUGACAGCAGAGCAGAAGCACCCCCUCAUGCAGCAUGUUCAGCAGUUGGUACGCUCUGCCAACCCCACCGCCGCCUUCAUACAGGCAGAGAGAGGAGCUGUCACCAGGAAUGAGGAUGUGAACCUGAUACUGUCUGAGAGCAGCUUCAACGAGCCACAGAUGCUGAGAGCGCGUUACGUCCUCUACCCUGGAUGGUGCAAAGGGCGCUUCGUCUCCGGCUCUGGUUCUCUGGUCCUCAGCCAGCAGCGCGUGGCUUUCAACCGGCCCCUGGAGAGGCCUCUAUUUGUUACCCGCUGUAAAGAAUUAAAAUCCUCGCUGAAGCCAAGCCCCUUCCAAGGAAACGUGUACAACCUUUGGGGAAAAGUCAAAUUCUCUGGCUCCGAGCAACUGAUGGAGGUGAGCUACAGCGCGGUGAGCGGCAGCCUGAGCGUUGCCCCGGAUCAGAGCGCCGACCCUCUCACCCCGGGCCCCAGGGAAACCAACGCCUCCUGCUUCCUGGUCUUUGAUGGCGUCGGCCUGACCGAGAAGGGACUGAAGGACUGGCUCCGACUGUGCACCAAGCAGAGGCAGAGAAAGAAGCCGAAGAAGACAAAAAAUACUCUUUCACCCCAUGAAAUCAAGAUGAUACACAUGACCAGGCACUUGGAGCCACUGCCACAGGGCUACUUCUACAACGGAUACAACUACGUUGACAUAUUUGGAGAAAAAAGGAACUUUCAUCCCAACAUGGAGGAGUUUGUGAACGAGUACAUCGCCGAGGCCAACAAAGAGAUCGAGCUGUUCAACCGUCAGCUGGAGCUGCAGGGACAGCCCGACCUGUUCGACCCGUGAUGGAGUCCGUGUGUCCACCGCCUCCAUCUGUCUUAUUUCAAUCUUAAGGCAACCACUGCGGGAUGGGGAGGGGGAGGGAGGGCGGGGGUGGGCACUGUGUUUAUGUACUGAACACUACACUAGUAUGUGGUCAAUGUGUGUUCACGCCAUCUGCAGAAACUGCUGCUCCUUAGAAAUCCAUUUAUUACCUAUGUACCGUGUCACAUUGUCUCCUAAUGUCGGUGGCACGAAAUGACAUCACCCAUCAGAGGCCAGUUGUGUCAUAUCGUGGCUGUUUGCCACUUUCCUCUUCAGCACCGCCGUCAGCGCUUUGGCGAGUCGGGCGUCGUUUGUCAAAUGAAAGAGGCAAAUGGAUGCGGUCACUCGUAUUAAUUCAAAUCAAGACGCGUUUGUCCAGAGAUGAGCCCCGUUCGCAGCUGCAGGCAGAACCCGAAACCUGCCGCGGCACAAGACUCCCGUCUCGAUUGCGCCGCUAAAGCCCGCGAACGAUGAGACUUUUCCCAAUCGUAGCGGAAUUUCCCGCCGCCUCGCUCCCACAGCUUGGGCCACUCUUGUUUAUCACAGUUGGCAAAUUAAAGCCUCUAUUUCUGGACAGGCGUGGAUGGCCGUGUGACUCUGGGUGAGCUCCCCGGUGGGGUUUCUCAAGAAUCGCUCCUCCUCUGUUGUCACCCAAUCCGCCGCCCACCUGUUAGCUUGUCUGCGUGCCGCGCUGCGGCAGAGGGAGCGCUUGGCCGCGGAGCUGUAAACAUUGGACAGCCUGUUGGCUGCGGACAGCUGAUGGAUGAUGCCAUUAAUCACAUAGCUAUACGCCGCCCCGGUGCUUUAUUUUAAGACUGCUUAAGUGAAUCUAAUGAAAGUUUAAAAAAAAAGAAAGAAGACGCAAUCUUCAGCCCUGCAGGAAGUCGUAGUUAUGAACCAGCUGAGGUUUUAUACUGAGGCUUAACUUUUCCUUAAAGCACUGAAUUGUGUUCAAUAUAAUGCUGCUAAUUAUCAGUGAGAAACCAGAUAGACGAAGAGAAUCAAGCUAAACCUCACUGCAGCCAGGUGUUCAUCACAUUCCCAUUUUUUAUUUAUAUGUAUUUAUUUAUUUUCGGGUCACUACAUUUGGGUAGGACAAGGGGGAAAUGAAAAGAUAUCUGUGUAAACAUGAGUAGAGCCUUUUAGCCAAAGGUCUUUGCGUCCUGAUGUGAUGUUGCAGAGAGUAGCCACUAUUUGCUCUGCGACCGUGUGUUUCACUAACGUUUUACUUCUCAGGGUUCCUGCACAGGUUUUCUCAAAUUCUACCGCUUUGUAGGAAAAUGCCCGUCGUGUCUGUUGUCAUUUACACGUCAGCAUAUUUGGCGAAAGUUAGAUCAUAAAUUGUGUCCAGAUUAAACGGUGUGGUGAAUCAGUUGAAAUUGGAGGUUGAGCAUGUGCAGGAGCCCUGCUCCAGUGUCUGGAGAUUGAGUGGCUUUCAUUCACCAAGGGGUCAGCAGUGUUACAGUCAGACGAAUAAGCGCAGAGAAGCGAACACGCACUGCCGCUACAACAACGGUACUAUAGAUUGCACCGGCCCACGUUCACUCUACCAAAAAAAAAAAUCUGCUGUACUCAGUGAUGAGUGCAAUGAGAUUUUCACCGUGUCAGAUUAAAGAGGAAGUCCUUGUUCAAAGUCCGUAGACCAAGUCAGGAGAAGUAAGGCGUUUUAACAGGUGAAAGUCCGAACCACGCUUGUGUUUUUUUGUCACAUUUGUUUCCAUUUGAUCCGGUUGGUUUUGGAACUUACCGAUACCUACGUCCUGUCGUUAUCACCUGCGUCAAUACAGCGGAAAGCCUUUUUCGCUUCCGCUCUGCCGUCGUAUCGUUUCCCUUCUCUCUCUCUCUCAAAAAGAAAGUUAUACAUUUCUUCAUAUAUAUGCAUUUUUUCAAGUUGACUUUUCAUUGUUUUCGUCGGACCAAAUUGCAAAGAAGAUUUGCAAAAAUCAAAAAAAAAAAUUUAGACUGCUAACUGGUUCAGUUUGAUCCGGACUGAGGCCACCUCUUUUGGUCGGACCAAAUCUACCAAAUCAAAUUCCGGCAGGUUUUGGUUGGGUAGGGUCUCCUUCAUUGGGAAGUGAUUUCACACCGGCAGAAAAUGUUGCCGGUCCAAUCGCAAGCGAUUAUCUGCUAAUGGGCGAGGUCUGUACCACGAGAGAAGCGACUUUCAAACAGAUAUACGUCGAACUCAUCUCACUGCUGGCCCCGUCCGUCCCCAUACCACAGUCUACUGUGAGCUGAACAAGCCAUAUGCCGUCGUAUGCUAAAUGUGCCACUGUCUCUUAGAAGGAUAAUCAAGUAGGCUUCUAACAUGUAUUACCUUGGCAUGUUCCAGCUAAAGAGAGGGUCACGUGUGGAGGAAGAAGUUUUCUCAUUCCACAAACUUCUCCCUUUCAGCCCCUCUCUCCUUCACUCACUAUGAAAGAAGUGCAAUUGUACCUUGCACUUUUUUAUAUAUUCCACUCAGAGAACCCUCAUGUACUCUCUUUAAGGACAAAGCCGAACGGAUGAGCUGCCGAGUUCUCCGUCUCUCAUGGUCUUCCGGAAUGCCGACGCUUGUGUCUUGGAAUAACACCGAGAGCAAGUGAGGGGUUUUGAUGCAAAUUGAGCUACAGCUACAAAACUAAAACAUUACCUCCACUUCUGAAUGACUGAUGAGAACAAAAAAAGCAAACGGAUUACUGUGCUUAUUUCUGAGAGCAGGAUAAUAUGAAACACAAAUCCUUUGUUGACAAAAUGGUUACUCCUGUUUAAGCUGAAUGCUCGGUGUAGCGAUUCAGAGAUGCGCUCUCUUAAGCCGCCUGUCUUCAGCAACAGUUGCUGUCGGUCUGCGGUUAUGUAACACUGCAGAGGCUUUGCCUUGAUUGACAGUGAAAUGGCUGCGAGGCCGACGUAUGGAAGACCGAAGGUGCCACAAGCCGGAACCUGCUGCACAUCAAUGAGAGCGGAGCAGCUGAUAAAAAAAUUCAUAUUGGACAAGAGACCAAAAACAAAACAGUCCUUAAAGAGUCGAGGGUUCUUUGAGAUGUUUGUGAUAUUUAAAUCAAAGUACCACUAACACAUAUACACCACUACUACAAGUAUUUCUAUUCUGCUUUGCAUGUGUUGAGAUGUCACGUGAAUAUGAUGCCACAUAUAUAUUAUGACAGAAUUGCCUUUCACCAAACUGGUACAACCAAGAGAAAACUUUGACAUUUAUUUAUGUCUGCUGAGAAUUUGCAUUACCUCAAAACGAGAAAUAGUAUUUUUGUAAGACUGUGAAUUGAACAAUUCCAAGAUGCAAGCAAAACGUCUCUACUCGCACAAGCUACAAAAGACAAAAAAAGGAGAUGCAAUUCUUUUUUCUAAGAGAUAAAAUACAAAAAAGAACAACUCGGAAGAGAAUCUGAUCGGGUUGUGAGAUGUCAGGUUUCUCUGAUCCAGCAGUGCCUUGGCUACGGCUAAGAAAGGAAAACAGAAGAGAUUAAAGCUGCAUUCGGAGCUUCAUCCUCCUCCCCGUCACAGGAGGAGGGGGAGGUGUCGUCAGGCAGAAGGAUCCAUCCUUCGACAGUGUUGGUGAAAGGAAUCCAUGGAGUCGUUCGUUAAAGCAAUGUUUUGUGUUUUUUUUACUAAGCCAGAGGGUCAAGUAGACGAGGCCACGCAGGGGGGAGGCCACUGGAGGGCUCGGGCGAUUCAUUCAGGUAUCCUCGCAAACGAACCAAAAAGAUUUUGAGAUAUUGAACGGGUAUCCCAUCCAGCGUAGUGCAGAUUCUCAUGUGCACAGUCGCACAUUUCUAGAUGGUUUAUUAUUUGAGCAACAGACCAUUUGAUUUUUAUCUUUAGUCCGCGUUCCUUUAGAGUCGACGAUGGGGAAAUUGAAAUGUUUCUCUUUCUAAGCUCAGUCCUAGUUGGGAU